UUUCACCGCAACAAGCAUAUAAAGUCAUCAAAACAAUAUUUAUACAUAUAAUUGGGGCCUAAAGAAUAACAGAGGGGCGUAUCAGACUAGUUUAUCUGACGCCUGAUCAAAUUUAGUAGGCUUCAAAAUGAUGAACCAAUAUUUAAAAGAAUUAGAGCAAGAUCCAUUUGACCCGGAUGAGUUUGUUGAGAGGAUGGUACGGAGGAGUAUGCAGGAAUCCCGACUGACAGAUGAUCAAAUUGAUCCCGAAAUGAUUCAUGAUAUAUUUACUCAAGCGAUACAAGAUUUAAAAGUUCUACAAGAACGACAAGAGAGAAAAUGUAUGAGACUGGAACAAGCUGUGCAAGAGGAGGAGAAACAAUAUGGUGCUAAAUUAUCCGAGAUCAUGGAGCAGCAUUCUCAUUGCGUGAAUGUAUUUAGUUCAUUAGAUGAGCGUAUGUCCCGCUGUGGAGGCAGAGCAUUGGAAGUUGGUGAGAAACUCGGUGCUGCAAGAGCUCCGAGAGCAAGGUCUGCUGCAGCUCGUGAUCUAUUGUCACACCUAGCUAACUUCCUUAGUCCUGGACCUGUUCUUACUGAUCUUUUUAAUGAUCCAAAUAAGCUAAAUGAAGCAGCUGAUGUGAUACAAAAAUUAUACACAAUAGCACAAGAACUACCACCAGAUAAGUUUGAAGUUGCCAAGAAGAAAAUUGAGGCUAAAUAUGAGGAGAUUGAGAGGAAUCUGAUCGAGGAAUUUGUGAAGGCACAAAAUCAGGGCAAUUUGGCAAAGAUGAAGACAAUUGCUAAUAUCAUGACUAAUUUUAAAGGAUAUUCGCAAUGUGUUGAUGCUUUUAUAGAAACUAGCCAAAUGAAUACUUUACUUGGUAAAGACAUAUUUGCUUCUGUGCUGCCGCUGUGCAAGAAGAAUAAUACAAUAAUAAACAGCGUAUUCCCGAAUCCAGAGCAAGUAAUGAGCAAGUUUGUGUUGAACAUCUUCCAUCUGAAGUUGCAAAAGUAUAUACAGACGAAAUUAGCUGACAAGAAUGAUAUUGAGAAAUAUUUAAGGAACCUCUAUGAUAUGUACACAAGUACACAAAAAGCAUGUGACGAGUUAGUGUCAGCUGGCAUGGUGUCCGCUGAUGGUAAUAUAUCUACUGGGGACCUGCGACGUGAGGCGCUUGUUAACGGCGCGAUGGCAGCCGCUAAUGAUGGCUACGCGGCUCUAGAAAUACGCAGAUUAAAAGCUGUGCUCUCAAAUUCUUUGAAUACUUAUUACAAUGAGAAACAUCAUGUUAAGAAACAAAUACAAGGUGGCGGGUUCCAAGAGCUCCGUCGUGAUUUACAAGCAGUGAUAGGUACCCGGGCAAAUAUAAACAUAGCUCAGAUCGAGAACUACGGCGGGGAGACUUUCCUCAGCGACCAGUUGGUGCAGAAGAUGCUUGCUGAUGCUAACAUGUCCUUCCUGAGGUGUAGAACUUUAUGUACCAGCAAUGAAUUGCCAGGUACUGCGGUAGCUUUAUUGGAUGUGCUCAUCCAGCAGCUGAUGAUCGAGCAUGUGGACUACGCGCUGGACCUCGGCCUGCAGUCCAUACCUAUAGCUGAGAACAAAUCCCCACCACAGAUUUACUUCUUUGAAAUUGUCAACCAGACGAACAAAAUUGUGAAGAUGUUUGAAGAGCAUUUCCAAGAAUCAGUAUUACCAUGUUUGAGUUCAACAACAAAACAGAGUGAGUGUGUGCAGAAGAAGAGCGUAGUUCUGGAGCAGCUGGAGAAUAAGGUAGAUGCUGGUCUGGAGCGCGCCAUCGCCGCGGUCGUCGGCUGGGUGCGGCUGCAUCUCCAUACUGAGCAGAAGAAGACCGACUUCAGGCCAGAGGGAGACAUCGACACCAUCGCAUCACCUGCGUGUUUGGCUGUGGUCUCGUACCUAAACUCAGUGAUGGAGAAGGUGUACGGCAACCUGGAGGGUGAGAACCUGCAGGCGGUGUCGCUGGAGCUCGCCGUGCGCCUGCACAGAGUCAUAUACGAACAUCUGCAGAACUUCCAGUUCAAUUCUGCAGGUGCAAUGAUAGCUAUCUGCGAUGUGAAAGAGUACAGGUCUGCGGCGUGCGGGCGCGCGGGCAGCGCGGCGCACGCGCACGCACUAUUCGACGCACUGCACGCACUUUGUAACUUGUUACUUGUGAAGCCUGAGAACUUGCAUCAAGUCUGCGAAGGAGAAACUUUAGCCGAAUUGGAUCAGUCUAUCUUACACAACUUCAUACAACUGCGUUCCGACUACAAGAGUCAUAAAUUAUCCAGUUUCCUUAAAGGACUGUCGUAAAUAUAAGCGAUAAAUCGUUUAUCUUUACAUAAUAAAUUGUUACUGCUUAUGUAAAUAACAUUAAAUUAUAAUAAAAUGUAAA